CACACCCCACGUCCAAACUCACUAAACGACCCCCCCCCCCCCCACUCAAAAUGGAAGGAAUAGGAACUACAUCCCUCUGGAGUCUCUGUCGCGCUAUCGAUUUCCAGGAUCUUCAAACAGCAAUAAAGGAACGAGACAGUUCAGAAAUCCUGCCGCCUAUAAAAGAUGCCAGUGAUGUUAAUGCCGCGCCGCUAAAGAUCCUAUUGCUCGGCGCAUCGGAUCCGUGCCAUAUCAUCAAGACCGUCGCGAGGGCGGGACGGCAUGGGCGGAGGAAUCUUGAGUUUGUGGUGGUAGAAUCCCAACCGACGACUUUCGCACGGAUGAUAGUUCUGCUCGAUGCGCUUUUUUCCGAGAGCGAGACCGGUUUACAAGACCGCAUAAACCUCUUCCUCGACCUCUACGGCAACCUCCUCCUCCGCCCCGUCACCUUCACGCACCUCCAACACCGCUCAACCCACUUCAUCUCCACCCUUCCCACCUCCCCGACGCUCGCCCUGGCGCCACACGUCCGCAUCACCACAACUCUACUCAAGUUCCGCGAAAAAGACGAUUUGGACACCACUUUCCAGUUCUACCGUUCGGAUAAGAAGCCGUUUGAUUUAGCAGCGAUGUGGGACGCACGGUUGCGGAGAUACCACGGCGCGCGGUACGACACGCGGGCCGCGAUGGUGGAUUGGGAUUACAACCUCAAGCUCGUCCCGAUCUUCCCUACCCUCGAUGUGGACACGUACAAUCGUUUCCGCGCUUCGGGUCAGUGCUUCCCGAUCCGCGAAAGUGGUGGGAGUGAGGCAAACAGGACGUGGGCGACCGUGGAGAGGUUGGUUGAUCCGAGGGAGAAGGUUGGGGUGGUGAAGUGGGGGUAUUUUAGUGAUGUGGUAGUUGGGCCUUGGGGGGCUUUUGGCGGGGAUUGUGAGGACAAGAGCGUACUGAAGACGAGGAAUGGGGUAAAGGUUUGCGAUGUUGGCGAGGUGGUCGAGAAGGUUGUGGGGGGGUUGGUGAGGGAGUGGAAGGGGCGGCGGGGGAUAACGCGGGAGGAGGUGGAUUCGGGGAUUCGGGAGAUACCUGAUGGAGCCGACGAGGACAACGCCCACCCACCCUCUGAACGUAAACCGACAACAACAACCAUCCACCUCGCCACCCCGCCAACCCUCCCCAAACUCCCGCGCACGUUCCCAACAGGCUUCGAUCACAUCUACAUCUCCGCGGCAAUGGCGCACCGGCUGCCUGAGGUCUCGCCGUUCCUCGCAUCUCCCACUUCCAACAACUCCGUUAAUGCUAGCAAAUUGGACUCGCGGCCGACGGUUAUAGUCCAAAACGUCAGAUACGUAAUAGACCUCACAAAAGAACAACGCGCCGAAUACACGAAGACAGUGCUCGCGAUGGCUGGGAAGAUGGGGUUAGAGCCUGCUAAGCAUCCGGCGAUGGAGGGGGAGGGUGGGGAGUAUUUCAUUUUUGUGCGGGGGGAGGAGCGGGUGGUUGAGGAGUAGGUUGACGAAGAAAACGAUGGUGGAAGUUGGGGGAUCUCAAAUCUGCGGGGUUAGCGGAGGUUUUUGGAAGGACAGGAUAAGAAGUGGGGCGAGUGAAAUUGCGCGUAGAGAAUACAGGGUAUGCAAGCAAGUAUGUGCUGAGAUGGUGGAAGGGGGGGG